CAAACGCUACACGACACUACGUUUUUCCCCCUCGACGUUUAGCCCAAGAAACUGUGGAUUUCUCCGUUUUUACGCAAACAACGCGAGCGGGCUGACGAAGGGGACUCGUUUGGUACGCGAACUGGAGAUUUUGUUUUGGAGAAUUUCUUGACAGUGAGGAUUUCUUGUGACAUAAGGGACCGGAAAAAGCCGCCCCCCUUCUCUCCGACAGCUGGUUUGCGGAUUCCCCCUUAUUUGCGCUUGAAGUUGUGUGAGCCGGCUGAGAUGAGCGGUCCAGAGGUGGCCAAGACACCGGGAGGAGGAGCUCCAGGCAAGGAGGGGAAGGAGCCAGUGGCCAAUGGGCACGCAGGAGAGGGCAAUGACGCCAACCCAUUUGCUGAGUAUAUGUGGAUGGAGAAUGAGGAGGAGUAUAACAGACAGGUGGAAGAGGAGCUGCUGGAGCAGGAGUUCUUGGAGCGCUGCUUCCAGGAAAUGCUGGAGGAGGAGGACCAGGAUUGGUUCAUCCCUUCGCGUGACCUCAACAACCAGGGGGUGGGGCAGCUGCAGCAGCAGCUGAACGGCCUGUCUGUCAACGAUCACCACAGCAACCUGGAGGAAGUGGCGAGGAAGAGCAUCUUGAAUCCUGAAGCGAAGGAGUUCGUCCCGGGGAAGAAAUACUAGGAGUCCCCCUCACCCCCAUGGAGCCUCCACACACACACACAAACACACUAACACACACACACACACACACCAGUCCUCACAUAUUCUCAGAGACUCUGGCGGCCACGACCGCGCACACACUGAUUCUCACACACACGUAUGCACACAUGUACACACUUGAAGUCAGUGGCGUGCUGGCAGGCCCAGUUGGGGGGUGGGGGGAUUUCUUUUUCUUUUCUUGUUUCUUUAAUCUUUUUAUUUCCUGUUUGUUUCUUGUAAACUGAGGGACAUUGGGAACAGGGGUGGGGGGUGGGUGUAAUACCAGCACUGCCCUACUGCGGGCGCUAGCUCAUCAUUGCAUUUCAGAUGACACUGUUGACAUUUUGAGUACGCAGAUCUCAUUGUCGUCCCCCUGGAACAGAGGCAGCUACCAAGGAGUGAUGCCAGGAGAAAACUUCAAUGCGAAACAUCGAAUUAACUUCAAAAAUCACUUCUAAUACUUGUUAAUUUGCGUGCUGUCAAAUUUGAAAAACAUCAGCGGUGGGUGGAGGGUUUCCAUGACAGGUUAGAAAGCGACUAACGUUUCAGGGGACUUGAUGGGUUUCUGCUGCUGCUCUGUAGAGUCACCAUGGUCAGUCAUACCUGUUAACGUUUGCUCCUGUGAUGUCACAAGCUCCCUGUGACAUCACAAAUCUUGCUCAUCUAGAAAUGCGGGUUCUUAUUUGUAUCUGCAGCGGCUCCGUUCCAAACCAAAUACAGCCCCCCCUCCCUCCCUGCACGCUUGUUUUUGAAGUGAUCUUAACAGACGUGGACAGGUGUAAUCAUGGAUAUGGAAUUAUUUUCCCAAUUUAUGUGGAAGUCCAUGUUUAUGUUUAGUCCAGCUUAGUAGAACAAGGGUGUGAGUUUCCUAGUCACACAUCAAGUUGAGUUUGGCAAGAAGAAAUGUUAUUAUAGAGGGAAGGUCGGAGCUUUUUGAACCUUUAAAAAAACUCAUUUAUCGCCAUCUUUUUGUUCGGCUUUUUACUUAAGUUCAAUUUGGAUUUAUGGGGUGUAGUGAACAACCUUGUUACAGGGGAGUAUUUGGUCUGGAACUAUGCCACUGUCUCUCUGCUGAGCAACUUGGUUUGUCCAGCAUCAGAUCAAGUGUCCAUAUCCAAAUCAGGUUUUCAAAUAGCCUCUCCUCCUCCUCUUUUCUUUUUUUUUUUUCUUUUUUUUUCCUUCAUGUUUUGAGGAUGAGGCAUUUUGUGUCUCUACUGGGUACAGUAACCUGUGGUGUCCAUUCAGUCCUGUUUGCAGGAGGAAACGCAACGAGACAGUAUUGUCAUGGCCAAUCAGAAUAAAGCAGUAUGGAACAUGUGGCUGACAAUGUGGCCUCCUUGCCGUUCUUCUCUUUGUAGGUUGGCUUCUUUGGGGAAGUUCUUCUCUUUAACCAUAAAUCUGUGUUGUGGUCCGGCUUUCCUGAAGCGUCGCCCCCUUAGUGCAAGUGUAACCUCCGUUAAGUUGUGAGCCAAUAGGAAGAAGCGGUAUAUGUGAAGAUGCUUUUCAGGAAACCCAGAUUCUUAACAGCUUUCUUGAAUUGAGUCUGUUUUUCUAGUUCUCAGCCAUCUUGGCUUAAAAAUGCAGAGGCAGUAUUGUCAUAAGGGAAAAUCAUGUGAACUAAACAUUAAUCUUCUUAAUGCCCUGUUUAUUUGUGGUAUUAAUAAUGUCUGGUCUUUUUGACUGUAUUAGUGUUAAGUAGACACUUGGGUACUUGCACUUCGUUGAAGUGUCUAACAGGUGAAAGCACUUUGUUGUGCAGCUUUUCCAGUUCUCAGCCUAACAAGUACUCGAGUGUCAUUCUUAAAGCGUGCAGCAGAAACGUGGUUAAAGUGGAACUUCCUCGCACCGUGUUGGACCACAGCUGUCGAAUGGCACCCUGGUGAAGCCAAUAGGAAUGUCCGCCAGGUGGAUUGUACAACAUGAAAUCAUUUUUGGUGAUUUUGUUUAGCUGAAUUAGAUGACAGAAGCCGUUAAAAAAAAAAAGAAAGAAAAAGAGGUCCAGAAGACACAGAGUAUGAAUUUCAAUACAAAUAAAAAUAAUGAAAAAAGACAAAUAAAGAUGUUAAA